UUUGGGGCCUCGGCCCGCAAGAACAAUCCAACAAAUAGCAACACAUGGAUGAUCAGCCUCACCCAGAAGUGUGAGGAUUCUAAAAUAUUGGGGUUACCAAGUAAUUAACAGAAAAGUUUCUCUUCCCUUCCCUUCAUCCUCUCUGCAAAAGAAAAGGAACUUGAACCCUACGUACACCCUAGCGACUCAUACCGGUGCCUUCCCUACUCCAACACUGCUCCGUGUGAAAUUCUACAGUUGAUCGAGAAAACCAGGAGCGAGAUGUCUUCUAUGCUCCAACCGCAAAUCAUAUUGCUAAAGGAAGGGACUGAUACUUCUCAAGGGAAGGCACAACUAGUAAGCAACAUAAAUGCAUGUACGGCUGUGGCAGAUGUGGUGAGAACCACACUUGGUCCUAGGGGUAUGGACAAGUUGAUCCACGAUGACAAGGGAAACACCACAAUCUCAAAUGAUGGUGCUACCAUCAUGAAGCUUCUCGACAUUGUUCACCCUGCUGCAAAAAUACUUGUUGACAUUGCCAAAUCUCAGGAUUCUGAGGUGGGGGAUGGGACAACUACAGUUGUUCUGCUUGCUGGAGAGUUUCUAAAGGAAGCUAAGCCUUUCAUUGAAGAUGGAGUCCACCCUCAAAAUCUGAUUCGUAGUUACCGAACUGCUUGCAACUUGGCUACUGAGAAAGUAAAAGAAUUGGCGAUUAGCAUAGAGGGAAAGAGCAUUGAUGAGAAGAAAAGUCUGCUAGGUAAAUGUGCUGCUACAACAUUGUCGUCAAAACUCAUUGGUGGGGAGAAAGAGUUUUUCGCUACCAUGGUUGUUGAUGCCGUUGUUGCAAUUGGAAAUGAAGACAGGCUGAAUAUGAUUGGAAUAAAGAAGGUUCCUGGGGGUACUAUGCGGGAUUCGUUCCUUGUAAAUGGUGUUGCGUUCAAGAAAACAUUUUCCUAUGCUGGUUUUGAACAACAGCCUAAGAAAUUUGUAAACCCCAAGAUACUUUUACUCAACAUUGAGUUGGAGCUGAAAUCAGAGAAAGAAAAUGCAGAGAUAAGGCUCUCCGAUCCAUCUCAGUAUCAAUCAAUUGUUGAUGCAGAAUGGAAUAUCAUUUAUGACAAGUUGGAUAAAUGUGUCAAGAGUGGGGCUAAAGUUGUUUUGUCAAGACUUGCCAUUGGUGAUCUGGCAACACAGUAUUUUGCGGAUCGAGAUAUAUUUUGUGCUGGCCGUGUUACUGAGGAAGAUUUGCAGAGGGUGGCAGCUGCUACAGGUGGAACAGUGCAGACAACCGUGAACAACAUUAUCGACGAGGUUCUUGGAUCAUGUGAGAGCUUUGAGGAGAGGCAAGUAGGAAAUGAGCGGUUCAACAUAUUCAGUGGAUGCCCAUCUGGCAAGACAGCCACCAUUGUUCUCCGUGGUGGAGCAGAUCAGUUCAUUGAAGAAGCCGAGAGAAGUUUGCAUGAUGCAAUUAUGAUUGUUAGAAGAGCUAUGAAGAACUCUACUGUUGUUGCUGGUGGUGGUGCAAUUGACAUGGAGAUUAGCCGAUUUUUAAGACAGCAUGCACGCACAAUAAAGGGGAAAUCUCAACUCUUUAUAAACUCAUAUGCCAAAGCCCUUGAGAUUAUUCCCCGUCAACUGUGUGACAAUGCCGGUUUUGAUGCAACUGAUGUAUUGAACAAACUUAGACAAAAGCAUGCCCUCCAAUCAGGUGAGGGUGCACCUUAUGGAGUGGACAUCAAUACUGGCGGAAUAGCUGAUUCCCUUGCUAAUUUUGUGUGGGAGCCAUCUGUUGUGAAGAUAAAUGCCAUAAAUGCAGCUACCGAAGCAGCUUGCCUAAUCCUAAGUGUGGAUGAAACAGUGAAGAACCCCAAGUCUGAGAGUGCCCAGGGAGAAGCUGCUGGAAGUGCAAUGGGGGGAAGAGGGCGUGGGUUUGCCCCUCGUGGUCGUGGCAUGAGGAGGCGAUAGGCUUCUCUCUUCUUUGAAACAUUUCUUGUGGCAACUAAUUUUUACUAGUUAUCCAUUUCAAGCAAGGGAAAAAAGUUAAAGAGAGACAAUGCUGUGUGUUAUAUUUGAGUUGAGUUCAUGUGAUGAUGGUGUGGUUGUAUGUUGGAGGAAUUUACCCUUUUUGGUAGGUAUACCAUAGUGACCAUACACUAGUGGUGACUGGAAAAAAACUGUUUUUUUGACGUUCGUAUCGGACAUGUUUUGUUUAAGAAAAAAUGUAUUUUCUCAAUGCCUUGUGAUUUUCAUGUACAUCUAACACUAGUUUUGUUUUGGAGAAUCUGAGUAUUUGACAUCCCAAGUAAAAAGCUAAGGUAUGG